GUUCACCAUUUCUCUCUUCUCUCUCUCUCUCUCUCUCUCUCUCUCUCUCUCUCUCUAUCUCUUUCCCUCUCUCUGCCACCCACUCUCCCCCCUUAGAACAAUCUUCAUCAUUUGUGAGGGUGAAAGGGUUCCGGUUGGGUUUUGCGUGGCAACAGUACCGAAUCGAGGCUUUCAUGGCAAUGUUGCUGGACAGUUCAUAUGGAGGGGGAGAGUGCGGCGGCGGGAUACUGCUGUCGCUGGAGGCGGCGCACGGCAAGUCGGUGCCAGCACCGUUCCUGACGAAGACGUACCAGCUGGUGGAUGACCCGGCGACCGACCACAUCGUAUCGUGGGGAGACGACGAGACCACCUUCGUCGUGUGGCGCCCCCCGGAGUUUGCCCGUGACCUCCUCCCCAACUACUUCAAGCAUAACAACUUCUCUUCCUUCGUCCGUCAGCUCAACACUUACGGUUUUAGGAAGAUAGUGCCAGACCGAUGGGAAUUCGCAAAUGAGUUCUUCCGGAAAGGCGAGAAACACCUGUUGUGUGAGAUCCACCGGAGGAAGGCGGCUCAGCCCCAGGUGGCGCUCAACCACCACCACCACCCCCCCCAUUCUCCGCUCGGCCUCAACCCGGGCCCUCCUGCCUUCUUCCCCUUCCCGGCAGCCCGAGUCAGCCUCUCCCCUAAUUCCGACUCCGACAACGACCAGCCCGCCUGGCCUUGCGACUCCCCGCCCCCUCAGGUCUCCUCCCCAAGAUACGGCGCUGGUGCAGCUGGAGCAGGCUUCAGCACCACCACAACCUCCCCGUCUUCAGUCACCGCCCUUUCAGAAGACAACGAGCGGCUCCGGAGGAGCAACAACAUGCUAAUAUCCGAGCUUGCCCACAUGAGGAAGCUCUACAACGAAAUUAUCUACUUCGUUCAGAACCACGUGAAGCCCGUUCCGCCUCCAAGUCCUGCUAAUUCCGUAGUCUUCUUGAAUACUUCUCAUCUGCCAAACUCGAAACCCUUAAACUCGAACCCGCACUAUGGCAUUGGCGGCCCGUACCAUCACCAUCAGCAUCAUUCCUACGCAAACCCUAACUGUACUAAAGUGCAGUCUCCGCAGAGCUGCGUGACCAUUCUAGAGGAAGACGAAGAAGAGCCCAACAAUGCCAAUGUCACGAAGACCAAGUUGUUCGGUGUGCCACUCCAAUCGAAGAAAAGGUUGCACCCUGAUCGCUCGAACUUUGAGGCUCACAAGACCCGGUUAACGGUCAUGGAGAAGGAUGACUUGGGGUUGAACCUAAUGCCGCCUUCGACAUGUUAGUUAAUCGAAUCAUCAUAGCUAAGCUAAUUAAUUUUUCUUCUUUUCAUUUUCUUUUUUUUAUUUAAAUUAUGAGCUUUGCUCUCUCUCUUCUAUUGGAUUAAAAUGGUUGAGAUAUUAUGAUAUGAUGAGAUUGUGUGAGAGUGAGUGUGUGGGAGUUUGUGACAGUGUAUAUAUAAAUCUUUGUUCAUCUCUCUCUCCCAAAGUAUUGAAUCAUUAAUGCAAGAUCUAGAAUAUUAAUUAA